AUUAAAACACUCUAAUGGUGACUCCAGUCUUCAGAAUUGACCAAGAUGACAACAUGCUUUACAUCAUAAUGAUCGUAAAGUACGCUAAAAUCUCAAAUGCUGAAUUUGAAAUCCUUGACAAUAACUUCAGGUUCUAUCUGAAGCCUUACAGCCUGAACCUUACCUUCUCAGGGAAGCUCAAGGAGACUGGGGAGGAAAACAAGAGUGAAUACGAUAUUGAAAAGCAUCAGCUAAAGUGUCAGAUUGAGAAGAUGACCAAGGGCGAGCACUUUGAAAACCUUGAUAUGGUCACCUCCUUACUUUCAAAAAUGCCUGCGCCAAGAGAAGACCUUAAUGAAGAAGAGAAACAGGAGAUUCUGAAAACUGCUACUGAUCAUAACAGGCCUCUUGUAGAAGUCAUUAGUUCUACUAACAAUGAUGAGGAAAUGGAGAUGGAAGAAGUCAAGGGUCCUGUCCCGACCAUGGAGGAUAUGGACUUCAAGCUUAUCAAGAAGUAUACUUACGGCUUCAACAAUCUGUACCAGGAGGUAUUCACUCACAGGCAAGAAGAGUUGCAUGAAUUCGCAGAGAUUGAUCCAGAGAAAAUUCCUAUUGAAGAGAGACUUGACAAAAUGCAUGCUAUGGAUAAAGAGAAAUUCGAUGAUGAGAGAUAUGUAGCAGACACUUAUGAGGUAAAUAAGGAAGAAGUAAAGGAGAUCAUUGACCAAGAACAUCCCUAUGAGGUAUAUCUCGCUGUUGAUGAGCUCGAAGAUGUCACUAAGAGACUUGAAAACAUGACACUCAAUUCUGAAGAUCAGAUUUUGACGAAUAAGGAAAUAGAGGAAUGCCUGAAGUUGAGAAAUAGGGAGUAUUUGAUAGACAAAAGCUCCCCAAAUUUACCAAUGCAGUGAAUUGAGAUACUUUAUGCAUAUUUGUAUGACUUCAGAGCUAAUAGGUUCGGUGAUAGCUGCGAGUCUCCUUGGACUAUUUCUAAGUUAUCAGGAGCCCUUUCUUAUUUUGUUGACUACAAUGGAUAUAAAAUAGCAGACAUUAUGAAAAUUUGCUUCAGGAAAGCACUAAUAUACCCACUCUAUCGAAACUUCGACCUCUGCAGAGUUGUCCAGCAAGAUCUCGUUAAUGUUCUCAGAAUAGGCAAGAAGUUAAUAGUAAAGAUCUUUUUGCAAAUCAAAAGCAUGAAUGAGCGCAGAGAAUGUGGAUUUUUACUGAACAAGAUCUUCAUCAAUGACUUCAUCGUCUGGAUUCAGCAGGUAAAUGAUGUUCAUAUUGCUCACAUCUUGAAAGAAAUUGAAAGCUUGGAGGUCUCCAAGACUGACCUGGACCUUGGAUUGGAAGAGAUCGAUAAAUUUGUAGCAGAGCAUGUGGAUUAUCAGUAA